AAUGAAGAAGAGGAAGUUGCUGUUUCACCCCCAAAAAGGCGUUCCGAUCGGAAAGAAAAAACCGUCGAUCAGCUGUGCGAAGAGCUCGGUAUUGAGGAUGUAGAACUAACGUACUCAACCGAGGACUUUGAAAACUGGACCAUUCAAAAGCUUUUUGAUCAGUAUGUGCGUCCCUUGAUCAUACAAAAAAAUCCACACGCACCAAAAGAAGACGUCCAAAAGAUCAUGGAUGCAAAAUGGAAGGAAUUUGCCAUCAUGAAUCCUUAUAUUCCCAAGGGUGAAGAAGAUGAUGACUUUGAUGACAAUGAUACCGAGACCCAAGAUGACGACCUAUCUGAGCUUCGCGUUUCCAGUUCUGCCGGUCGUAAACGCCCAAGAGCAUCUACUAGAAAAGUCACGAACCCGGGCACACCAGCGGGUUACACUACCCCCUUGUCCGGCUGUGCNCCUGCCGUAAACACACAGGUCCCCACACCUCCCAUUAAGAUCAAAAUAAGCAAGAAGAAGAAAAAACGAGGGCGAAAACGUACCGAGGAUCGAUCGCUUGGUGGCAACAACACCAGCGACGAGGAGUUCGAACGUCAACUGGAAGAGGCUGAGAUCGCCCAAGACGAGGAACGAGACAGACGCAAACGUUCUAGCAAACGUCAGGCUGGCGUGGCGGCCCCUGUUGCUUCCGGAUCAGAAUUGAGUGGUCCAGGGACCAGUAAAAGUCACCAAAAGACCACGGCACGUUUUCCACUGAUCGUGACUCGUAAAGUGGCUAACAAGAACGGCGAAGAAGAAGGCUACGAAACUGAUCACCAAGACUACUGUGAAGUCUGUCAGCAGGGUGGUGAAAUAAUGUUAUGUGACACUUGCCCUCGGGCCUAUCAUUUGGUCUGUUUGGAUCCCGAGUUGGAGGAAGCCCCAGAAGGCACUUGGUCGUGCCCGCAUUGUGAAAAGGAAGGUGUCAGUGGGAGUACAGCUGGUGACACUAAAACCUCUAAGGACACACCCGGGGAGUCAGGCAAGAAAGGUACCAAGGCUGCACCACCACCACCGCCAAUGGCCUCUCCAGAGAAAGACGAGCAUCAGGAAUACUGUACUGAAUGUCGUGAUGGCGGUGAUUUGAUCUGUUGCGAAAAUUGUCCAGCUAGUUAUCAUAUGGCUUGUCUAACUCCGCCAUUGUCAAGCAUCCCCGAAGGUGUGUGGCUUUGCCCACGCUGUGGAUGUAAACCUCUCCGUGCCAAAGUGGCUCGAAUCCUUACCUGGCGUUGGUUUGAACCACCAAAGGUCGAUGAAUUAGAUCAUACCCACCAUCAUGCUCAUGAGGGAUCAUCAGACGGAACCCAAAAUGGCUCUGACGGGGACACCAAAACUGAAGCCACUCAGCAAGCGAAAGAAGGUGGAGGCACAACAGAAAAGGAGCCCACUAAAGACGUGGUUCCUCCACCUGAGGGGACUACAACUAUGAUACCACCUAGGCCUCCAAUUAUACGUCGACCAACUCGGGAAUUUUUCGUAAAAUAUGUUGACCUCUCCUACUGGCAUUGCGAGUGGUUAAGCGAGUUACAAAUGGAUGUUCAUCAUCCGAUCAUGCUGCGGAACUAUUUCAAGAAGAACGAUAUGGAAGAGCCACCACUUCCAGAAGAUGGAAGCACAUAUAGGGGUAGAGCUCGUGAAAAGGUCGCUGAUCCCCAUAAUCUUGAUGAACGAUUUUACAAAUGGGGUGUACGACCAGAAUGGUUACAAAUUCAAAGAAUUAUUGAUCACCGCUCGGGCCGUGGUGGACGUGAAUGGUAUCUGGUAAAGUGGCGUGACCUGUCGUACGAUGAGUGUACAUGGGAAGAACCGGAUGGUGGUGUGACUGACAUUGAACGCUUCAUUGAGGAAUACCGAACGAUGCGUCAAGUCUUCAUGGGGAACUUGUGCAGCUCACUUAAUCCGGAUGGAACGCGUACCGUCGUCAGUUUAUCCAAGAAGCAUAAAAGCAGUCGUCGUUCAAAUCGAGACUCUGCUGCAGAGAAACUGAGUGCAGAAUUGAUACGAAAGCUUCCACCUGAUAGGUGUUUGAGCGAACUAAAGAAACAGUAUAUCACUCAGCCAGAUUUCAUCGACGACACUGGUGGACAACUUCAUCCUUAUCAACUAGAAGGAGUAAAUUGGUUGCGAUUCUCCUAUGGCAACAAGGUGGAUACGAUAUUAGCCGAUGAAAUGGGACUAGGCAAAACUAUCCAAACCAUCGCGUUUUUAUACUCAUUGUAUAAAGAGGGCCAUUCUCGAGGUCCUUUCUUGGUCGCUGCUCCAUUAUCUACAUUAAUCAAUUGGGAACGUGAAUUUGAAUUUUGGGCUCCAGAUCUGUAUGUUGUCUCAUAUGUGGGUGACAAAGACUCACGUAUGGUUAUUCGUGAGCAUGAAUUCUCUUUCGAAGAAGGCGCGGUCCGCGGUGGCACUCGUGUGAUGCGAAUGCGAAGUGGGACUUCAGUUCGGUUUCACGUUCUGCUUACCAGCUACGAGUUGAUCAGCAUAGAUCAGGCGUUGUUGGGGUCCAUCGAUUGGGAAGUCCUGGUUGUGGACGAAGCACAUCGAUUGAAAAAUAAUCAAUCCAAGUUCUUCCGCAUUCUCGCCUCCUAUCGUAUUGCUUAUAAAUUGUUGCUAACCGGCACACCACUGCAGAACAAUCUUGAGGAACUGUUCCACUUAUUACAUUUCAUGACUCCAGAAAAGUUUCAUGAUAUGCAAGGAUUUUUGGAUGAAUUUGCGGACAUUUCCAAAGAAGAACAAGUCAAAAAACUGCAUGAUAUGUUAGGACAACAUCUACUCCGUCGACUCAAAGCGGACGUACUACAGAACAUGCCGUCCAAGGGUGAAUUUAUUGUCCNGUCCGUGUGGAACUCAGUCCCAUGCAAAACUCUUAGCUGUCGUUCAGGUGGUUCACAAGUCUCAUUGAUCAAUAUCAUGAUGGAUCUAAAGAAAUGCUGCAAUCAUCCUUACUUGUUUCCUUCGGCGGCUGAAGAAGCCCAACGUCUCCCAAACGGGGCAUACGAAGGAGUUGGUUUACGCAAGGCUUCCGGAAAGUUGGAACUCAUGAGCAAAAUGUUAAAGAAUUUGUACGCGACCAAACAUCGUGUGCUAAUCUUCUCUCAGAUGACGAAAAUGCUUGAUUUACUUGAAGACUUUCUGGACUGUGAGGGUUACAAGUUUGAACGUAUUGAUGGCGCAGUUACGGGGCAAAUGCGUCAGGAUGCAAUCGAUCGAUUCAACGCACCCGAUUCACCGUCGUUUGCCUUUCUCCUUUCCACGCGAGCCGGAGGUUUGGGAAUUAAUCUGGCCUCGGCAGAUACAGUAAUUAUCUACGAUUCAGAUUGGAACCCUCACAACGACAUCCAGGCGUUCUCUCGUGCGCAUCGUAUCGGUCAGGCAAAUAAGGUCAUGAUUUACCGUUUCGUCACACGUGGUACGGUGGAAGAACGUGUCACCCAGGUGGCCAAGAAAAAAAUGAUGCUCACACAUCUGGUUGUGCGCCCUGGCCUUGGUGGAAAAGGAUCAUGUCAAAUGUCCAAAAAAGAAUUAGAUGAUAUUCUCAAAUUCGGCACAGAAGAUCUGUUCAAAGAGGGAGAAGAAGACAAAGAAGAUGAGCAUUGUAUCGUCUAUGAUGAUGCUGCGAUUGAUCGUUUACUGGACCGCAGCCAACAAGGCUUGGAGGAGAAAGCACUAGAAAUGAAUGAUUAUCUAACUUCGUUCAAAGUGGCUCAUUACGAGAAAAAAGGGGUCAUGGAAGAGGACGAUGACGAGUCUGAUGAAGAAGACGAAAAUCGCGAGGUCAUCAAACAAGAGUUAGACCCAGCAGACCCAACCUACUGGGAGAAAUUAUUACGUCAUCAUUUUGAACAGGCACAAGAAGAUCAAUCCCGUGUACUCGGCAAGGGUAAACGUGUUCGAAAACAGGUAAACUAUUCGACCACUCAAGAGGAAGAAGAAGAGUGGAAUCAAGCGAUGAGCGAUCACGACAGUGAUUUCUCAAACAAGGAUGAAGAUGAUGAUGAAUAUGAUGAACGUACUGGAGCCGGCGGGGGUGAUCUGCCUGUUAGUGGACGUCGUACUCGACGCGAACGGGAAGGCCGUAUGCCCCCUGUUUUGUCACGCGUCAACGGGCAGUUUGAGGUAUUAGGUUUCAAUGCUCGACAACGUCGUUCUUUCCUCAAUGCAAUUAUGCGAUAUGGUCUUCCUCCGAGUGAUCAACCGUGGAACGUUCGAGAGUUGCGUUGCAAACCAGAUCGCGUCUUACGAGCAUAUACCAGUCUUUUUAUGCGUCAUAUGUGUGAGCCCGACACGGAUAACUCAGACACUUUCAGUGAUGGUGUACCGCGUGAAGGUAUUUCUCCACAGCACGUACUAAGUCGAAUUGGAAUCAUGGCCUUAGUUCGCAGAAAAGUCAAGGAAUUCGAAAAUAUCAACGGACACUUUAGCAUGCCCGAAGCGGAACCUAAACCGGAGGUCAACGGUGACACUUGUACAGAGGUGGAAAAGACAACUGAGCCGGAUGCAGCUGAAUCCACCGUUGAUCAAGAUCUAAAGACCACUGAUAAUGCGUUACAUAUGGAUUCCACAGACCGAGUCAAGCCGAACGGGAUUGGAGACGACUACAUCUCGGCAGACGAUGCUUCAAAGGCUAGUGACAAAACGGAACCUAUGGAGAUAGAUGACCUAAAGAGUACUAAAUGUGCAAAAUCAUCAGGAACAGAAAGCACUUCAAAGAGUGUGGAAUCAGUGGCUAAGCCGGAACAAUCCGACGGGGUUGCCGAUGGUUCAAGGCCUUCUACUGAACACAUAAAAUCUGAAUCUGCAACCGGUUCCGGAGAGGCAGAUAAUGUGGUCAAAGAAAGUAGUCCCCAGGCGUCCAAUCGCUUCAUGUUCAACAUUGCAGAUGGGGGAUUCACGGAACUGCACACAAUCUGGUUGAACGAGCAACGAGCUCUAGUGAAGGAUCGGGAGGCCGAAAUCUGGCACCGCCGUCACGACUACUGGUUGCUGGCGGGAGUUGUGCAACACGGAUAUGGCAGGUGGCAGGACAUCCACAACGACAACCGAUUCAUAAUUGUCAACGAACCGUUCAAAAACGAGGUACACAAACCGAACUACUUGGAACUGAAGAACCGUUUUCUCGCUCGUCGAUUCAAAUUACUGGAACAAGCCUUGAUAAUCGAAGAACAGUUGAGGCGAGCCGCACAACUAGGUAUUUCAAUAGAUCCAUCCGAUUCGGUGCAAAAUUUAAAUAGGCGUUUCUUUGAUCUGGAGUGUUUGGCUACCGGACAACAGCAGCUAUUCAACGAGGCACUGGCUGGUAACAAGGCUCUGGUUCCGUUGUUGCACAAAGUGCUCACGUUGAUGGAGGACUUGUUGGCCGACAUGAAGCAGGACGUGUCUCGUUUAGUUAACCUGUUGCCCCGAUUGCCUCCCGUAUCACAACGCCUGCAGUUGAGUCAUACGGGAUUACUGUCUCAGCUGACCCAACAACUAUCCUCUGCUAAGGCAUCCCAAGCCAAAGGUGCAUCAGAAGAGAACAAAGAACCUACCGCGAUGAAAGCGGAUCCGUAG